AUGUGUUUUUUAUCUGGAUUCUUGGGUACUUCAAAAGAACUAUGGUCUAUCAGAUACUGGGGUCCAUUAUUCUACCUUUGUUUGAUAAAUUAUUUCUUAAAGUACUUCUACACCGGCUUUAUCUAUGAGGUCACAUUAAGAGCAUCAGGCUUAGGGUCUGCAAUGGCAGUGGGAUUUUAUUUGAUGACAUUUAAUAACGGAUGGAAGGUUUUUGGUAUGUAUGUGGUGGCAUUGACUUUCUUCCACUUCUCCGAAUUUAUGGCUGUAGCAUUGACAAACCCGAAGACUGUAACAAUUGACUCCUUCAUUCUGAAUCAUAGCGUUCAGUAUGCUUUAGCAGCAGUGGCGAGUUGGAUAGAAUGGGCUGUUGAAUUUUACUUCUUUCCAGAAAUGAAAUUGAAUUUUUGGCUGUCCGAACUUGGCGUAAUGAUGUGUAUUGGUGGGGAGAUGCUGCGUAAGAAAGCAAUGUUCACUGCAAAAACUAAUUUUACCCACACAGUGCAAUUUGUAAAGCGUCCGGAACAUCGUCUGGUAACUCACGGCGUGUACGCCCUCUGUAGGCACCCGAGCUACGUGGGAUGGUUCUACUGGUCUAUUGGCACUCAGGUGAUCCUGCUGAACCCGGUGUGCGUGGGGAUUUACGCGCUCGCCUCCUGGGCCUUCUUCCGCGAGAGGGUCUACGCCGAGGAGAUGACCCUGCUUGCGUUCUUCGGGCCGGAGUACGAGGCCUACCAGAAGCAGGUGGGCACCGGCCUGCCGUUCAUAUCCGGCUACCGGCAGGGCGAGGGGGAGAGGGACGUCAGGGGGGACCACUGGAGCUAU